GCUGAAAUGAAACUGAACUCCACCGUGUGUGUGUGUGUCUAAGUGUGUGUACAGUGAGUGCUCUAAAAACACCAACACACUGUGUCCGCGGGGACUUUAUGCCACCUGUGUAUUUCUGUGAAACUUUGCUUCUCUAACAUUUUAUGUUUUAUAAUUUAAAUAUGGAAUUUAUUCAGAAAUUAAACUGCGUCAGUUAAUACACUGACGUCACUGGGUUGCCCUCACGCGCAGUUCAGCCGAAGCUUUGCAGCUCUGAGAAAACCAUGUGAACUCUUUAAAUCUAAUAGAAAAUAAUACAUCUUAUCUGAUAUUGUCUCGACAUUCUGAGUCAACUGAACACUGUGAUUUUUUCCUUCUAUUUAUUUUAUUUAUUUACUUCCAUUUUUAUUUAUUUAUUUGUCUACUCAUCUGUUGGUUUACUCUGCCUAUUAUUGUUAUUUAUUUGUACGUUUGUUGGGCUGCUUAUAUUGUAUAACUACUAAUUAACUGUAGACUAAUUAUUUGUAUAAUUUAAUCUUUUGUAGUUUCAUAUUGUAAUUGUAACCUCUUUAACACGCCUUAACUGAGCGCGGCGCGCGCGUCUUUCGUGCCUCGCAGUCUGAGACUCCCAGAUCUCGCGAUAACUGGCUGUGUGACGCGACUCGCCGCUUGAAGUAUCUGUUGAAGUUCCGCGCGGCUCUGCGGGAUCAGUGCGGCUCAGUGCGGAUCUGCAGGAGUGUGUGACCGGGUGGCGGGUCUGUCGCAGCCAUGAGGCGGAAUAAGGCGGACGUGGAGCGCUACAUCUCCUCAGUGGAGAGUCUCUCUCCGGCUCAAAAAGAGAAACCAGUGAAAGGAUUUUUAUUUGCGAAAUUAUAUUUUGAAGCCAAGGAGUAUGAACUUGCUAAAAGACAUGUGUCAGCGUAUUUAACAGUUCAGGUCAGGGAUCCCAAAGCACAUCGAUUUCUUGGACAACUUUAUGAACUAGAGGGUGAAAUUGAAAAAGCAGUCGGAUGUUACAAGCGUUCAGUGGACCUGAACCCGGCCCAGCGGGACCUGGUUCUGAAAGUGGCUGAACUGCUGUGCAGUAAACCGGAGCUCGACAGCAGGGCAGAAUUCUGGGUGGAGAAGGCUGCCAAGCAUUUUCCGGGUCACCCUGCAGUCUUCGACCUGAGGGAGAAACUGUUGAGUGUUCAGGGAAAGCAAGGCUGGAACCAGCUUUAUGACCUGCUGCAGUCUGAGCUCCAGCUGCGCCCCUAUGACACCCACGUUAACCGCAGACUGGUGGAGCUCUACUGCCUGGAUAAGCGUCUGGAAGAAGCGGCUAAACACUGUCUGGCUGUGGAACGCUCCGGGGACUUAAGACACAGCCUGGAAUGGUACACCACCUUCGUCCAAACACUUCAGGAUUACGUGAAACAACCGAGUGUAUCCUCUAAUGAGAAGGUGUGUCGAAAGAUCCAAAAGGAGCUGUUGCUGGCUCAGGGUAAUCUGCUGAGGCUCACUCUUGCUGAAAAAGACUCCAGGGAAAGCGCGAAUGCACUUCAGACUUUUGACCGGGCUAUGCAGGAUCUUAAAAACACCGCCUCAAAAGCGACGGACGAGCUCCUGGAGGUAUUCGCGGAAAUGAGGGCUCAUCUGUACCUGUAUGCUGGGACGCUGCUGCUGAAGAUGGCUGUGGAAAAGGAGCAGCCGUGGAGAACUGUUGUAGAUUUAGCAGCGCUCUGUUACCUUCUGGCUUAUCAGGUUCCAAGACCAAAGACGAAGCCUGAAACCAGUGAGCGUGCAUCGCUAAAAGCCUUAGCUUGUUAUCGCCAAAGCCAAGCAGGACACAUGCUGCUGAACCUGAACCAGGAGAACGAGCAAUUUGUGAAGGAGGUGGUGGAGGUGUUUGGGAACAGGAGUGGACAGGAUGCUCUGUUUGAGACGCUGUUCAGUACACAGGGUCACCGGGAUCUCUCGUUCAUCAGCAGUGACACAAUCUUCAACAUCAGCACUCAGUUACCGGACAGACAAGACCUGGCUAAGUGGGACAAUGGCUCCAUCCUGCACUGUGGGGAUUUACAGCACCUGACCUGGCUGGGACUGCAGUGGUCGAUGAUGGGCCAAAGACCCCCAGUGAAAGACUGGCUUAAGCAGCUCUUUCCUCGUCUGACUCUGGAGACGUUCAAACUGGACACCAACGCUCCUGAGUCCAUCUGUCUGCUUGACCUUGAGGUGUUUCUGUGUGGUGUGGUGUUCACAAGUCACACUCAGCUACAGGAAACGGCCAAGAUCUCCCCUGCUUCCCAGCUGCAGGAGCCCAGAUGUUUACCACUGCAGCUUAUGAAGCUCUUGUCCUCAGAGAGACAGAGAGAGUGGUGGGACGCCGUCUACAGCCUCAUUCAUAAAAAGGCAGUACCGAAUACAUCCGCUAAACUGAGAAUGAUUGUCCAACACGGCCUGAACACACUGCGGGCGAGAGAGAAACAUGGGCUUCAGCCUGCGUUGCUCGUCCACUGGGCCAAACAUCUCAGUAAAAUGGGUGAUGGUGUGAACUCCUACUACGACCAGAAAGAAUAUGUUGGCCGUAGUGUGCACUACUGGAAUGUUGUGCUCCCCCUACUUGAGAAAAUCGAGAAGAGACGCAGCAUUCCUGAACCUCUUGAUCCAUUAUUCAUGCAUUUCGCUAGUAAGAACAUGCAGGUUUCUGAAGUUAAAGGCUAUGAAGAGGAGGCUACGAUAGCUACCGCUAUUCUUCUCGACAUCGAGGGCAAAACAGUUCAGGCCAUCCCGAUGCUGGAGAAGCUCGACUGUGUCUCUUCCUACUGGUAUCUUGCUCGGAUCUAUCAGAGACUCUCUGAGGAGGCCGGAAACGGAGUUGAGGAAAGUCAAGACCGGUGCAUCAACCUUCUCCAGCUGUUCAAGAAGUACUUAUCGAAGGUCUACCUCGCCAAUGGAGAUGACAUGGAGAAGGUUCCUGUGUCAAUGGAGGAAAUCAUGGACCUUCUCAAUGAUGUCAAUCAGCAGCUUGGAGAGAGUGGAGAUGAUGUGGAUGUAGUUCAUGAAGGCCUUCCGAUGACUUCAAGCCCGCGGUCACUCACAGAUCCAGCUGGAGCUGCUUCCCAUAAGUUCUCCAUGUCCUCUCCAGCCAAAAGUGUCCGCUCCCCCUCUAAGAGAUCAGUGUUCUCUCCAAAAACACCCCCUCACUGGGUGGAGGAUCAGAAGUCUCUCUUGCAGAUGCUCUGCCAACAUGUCGAGGCCUUGAAGAAUGAAGUUCAUGAUCUCAGACACAACUCGUCUGCAUCAACAGAGUCCCCGUUUCACAGAGUGUAUGGAGGGAAUUAUGCAGCAGAUGCAUUUCCGGAGCCCUUUUCAGCAGCGCAGUCAUUUCACGGAGUGCCACUUACAGUUGCCACCACGGGCCCUUCAGUGUACUACAACCAGUCGCCUGCGUAUAACUCGCAGUACCUUCUUCGCACUGCGGCUAACGUAACACCGUCCAAGGCACCCGUGUAUGGAAUGAAUCGUCUCCCACAGCCGCAUAUGUAUGCUUAUCAGCAACCAACACACACGCCUCCUCUUCAAACAGCAGCAUGCAUGUACCCUCAGGAUCAGGUUUUUGGUACCUCUGGUAUCAGGUUUGAGUCACCAGCUACAAGCUUACUGUCUCCGUACAAUGAAGAAUACGGCAGCCAUAAUGUUUCUCAGCCCUCUACCAAUCCAGUGUUGCCGGAGCCUGGGUACUUCACUAAGCCGCCCGUCAUACACGCCCAGUCCGGUAAGAGCAGUGAGGGCAAGCCAGGGGAUGUGAAAAUUAGCUUUGCCCAGCAAAUUGCUGUUGAAUCUUCUAAAAUUCGGCCUGAAGCUGCCUCCCAAAUGACCCCAACACCGGCUGCUUUCAAGUUUAAUUCAAAUUUUAAGUCUAAUGAUGGUGACUUUACUUUCUCAUCUGCAGAAAUGAAAAACAAGAAUGAAAGCCUUUUGGGGCUUCUGACUUCAGAUAUUCAUCCCAGAGCUGAAGGCCAUUCAGCCGUAAAGUCGCAGUCACAAGACCCGGCAUCCAGCAGUGUCUUUACUUUUGGGAGUAAAAAUGCGUUUUCUUUUGUCGAUGGGGCUCAGGGUAAUACGAGUCUUUUUGGAAAAUCUGUACCCAAGUCAGUGACUGGGGAGGAAAACGAUGAGAAGUAUGUUGAAAGUGAUGACAGCACUCACAUUGAAGAGGAUGAGGAUGGUCCGCAUUUUGAGCCCAUUGUUCCUCUGCCCAAUAAGAUUGACGUAAAAACUGGGGAAGAGGAAGAAGAAGAAAUGUUCUGCAACAGAGCAAAAUUGUUCCGUUUUGAGGCAGAAACAAAAGAAUGGAAAGAGAGAGGCGUCGGAUCUUUAAAAAUCCUCAAGCACAAAACAUCCGGUAAAUAUCGAUUGCUGAUGAGGAGAGAACAAGUUUUGAAAAUAUGUGCAAAUCACUACAUCACUACAGACAUGGUUCUAAAACCAAACGCUGGCUCUGAUAAAUCAUGGGUGUGGUAUGCUAUGGAUUACGCUGAUGAAAUGCCAAAGACAGAACAGCUGGCUAUUCGCUUUAAGACAGCAGAUGAAGCUGCAAUUUUCAAACAAAAAUUUGAGGAAGCUCAGAGAGCUAUUCUGAAACAUCCCAAAUUGCAAGGUCAACUGAAAGAAAAUGACCCCAAGCCUUCCGUGGACUCUGGCAAAAACACUGACCUGAAAACGCUUUUCGCUAAGAAGGAAGGUGAAUGGGACUGUAGUGUCUGCUGUAUAAGAAAUAAAUCCACAUCUAAAGAAUGUGCUGCUUGUUGCAACCCCAAUCCUUGUGCGGAUUCAAAACCUGAACGUAAACCACCUGAGGGAUUUAAAGGUGCUUCUGCUACUACUUCAUCAGCGGCAGCAUUUAAUUUUGGACUUGGUGGAAAUACUAAGGAUCCCAGUGGUGAAGCCAGCUUUAAGGCUUUUGGAUCCCAAAUUCCUUUUUCCUUUACGUUUGGAUCGCAGUCAGCUGCUACUCCAUCCAGUCAGGGUGAUGCAAAAUCUGCAAAUGUUUCAAGCUUUUCAUUUGGGUCUGGAUUUGGCUCUCAGUUUGAUAAGAAACCAGGACAGUGGGAUUGUUCCACAUGUGCAGUGAGGAACGAGGCCUCUGCGAGCAGCUGUGUUGCAUGUCAAACUAAUAAACCCGCUAUUGCUCCAGAACCCACCAAACCGUCUGUCAAUUUGCAAAUUCCAAGUCAAUUGAAGGGAAAUGAUUCUAAGCCUUCUAUAAUUGUGGAAACCAGCAAAAACGCUGACCUGAAAACGCUUUUCGCAAAGAAGGAAGGUGAAUGGGACUGUAGUGUCUGCUGUGUGAGAAAUAAAUCCACGUCUAAAGAAUGUGCUGCUUGUUGCAACCCCAAUCCUUGUGGUGAUUCAAAACCUGAAGUUAAACCAGCUGAGGGAUUUAAAAGUGGUCCUGCUCCUACUUCAUCAGCGACAGCGUUUAAUUUUGGACUUGGUGGAAAUACUAAGGAUCCCAGUGGUGAAGCCAGCUUCAAGGCUUUUGGAUCCCAAAUUCCUUUUUCCUUUAAGUUUGGAACAGAGUCAUCUAGUUCAGCUGAAGUAAAAUCGCAGCAAGGUUCAAAUUCCUCCAUCCAAAAAGUCAGCAGCUCAAGUGUUCCAAGUUUCGCAUUCAGUUCCACUGCUGCUCCAGAAUCUACCAAACCACCUGCAAGCUCUGUCCCCUCACGUGGCUCUGGACUUGACAAGUUUGCCAAAAAAGCAGGUCAAUGGGAUUGUGAUACCUGCCUGGUCAGGAAUGAGGCAGCUGCAGCAGUGUGCGUUUCUUGUAAUUCUCCAUGUAGCAGCCGAAAAAGUGGAAUGCAGUGGGAUUGUGAUGGUUGUCUAGUUAGAAAUGAGAUCACAGCCAGUCAAUGCGUGUCCUGCCGGAAACCAAAUCCCAAUGCAACCAGGACUAAGGCUGCAACCGCACCUUCUUCCUUUAGCUUCAGUGCUGAUGGUCAAGCCAACCCUGCAAGUACAGCUGGCUUAAAGGCUAGUGCUUUUAAGUUUGGUCAGACUAAGAAAGACACACCAGCAACAACUCAAGUCGAAACCUCUUCAGGCAGUUCAAAAUUCUCUUUUUCUGUGCCAGGUUCAAGCUCUGGAUUCAAAUUUGGUCUUAAGGGGUCUGAAUCAAAGCCAGCCACCAGAGGCAGUGAAUCUGCCUCAGUGUUUCUGAAAAACAUUGCAGAACAGCACAGAGAAAAAGAAGCAGAGGUACCCUCUUCAUCUGUCCAGCCUGUAAGUAAAAUUGCCAACGAAGACUGUCCACUGUUUACAGGAAAGCAGAAUGCGUUCAGUUUUGCAGACUUGGCAAAGUCUUCGGAAGGUAAUUUCCAAUUUGGCGAGAAGGAUCCCAGCUUUAAAGGCUUUAAAGGGGCUGGCGAGCAACUUUUUACCUCAUUUGUGCAAGGCCAAAAGGGAGACCACUCCAUUGAACAAGAAGAGGAGGAUAUGUAUAAAACAGAAGAAAAUGACGAUAUUCAGUUUGAACCUGUGGUUAAGAUGCCUGAGAAAGUUGACCUUAUUACAGGGGAAGAGAGUGAGGAAUGCCUGUACACAAUACGUGUGAAACUUUUCAGGUUCGAUAAUGAUACUAAUCAGUGGAAAGAACGGGGUGUUGGAAACCUAAAACUUUUAAAAAACAGUCAAAAUGGGAGGCUUAGGGUUCUGAUGAGACGAGAGCAGGUGCUGAAGGUGUGUGCUAAUCACUGGAUAACUACUACAAUGAACUUAAAGCCCCUUUCUGGCUCAGAUCGAGCCUGGCUUUGGUUAGCAAAUGACUUUUCAGACGGAGAUCCCAAGUUAGAACAGUUGGCUGCCAAGUUUAAAACCCCAGAACUUGCGGAGGAGUUUAAGCAAAAAUUUGAGGAGUGUCAAAAACUGCUGUUGGACAUUCCUCUACAGACCCCUCAUAAGCUGACUGAUUCAGGCCGAACCGCAAGUCUCAUACAAAAAGCCGAGGAAAUGAAAUCUGGUCUUAAGGACCUCAAGUCAUUCUUGACUAACGACGGAAUGAAAGGCAAGAAUGAGGAAAGCAACAUUACCACAGCAAACGAUAUCUCUGGAGUCAAACACCAAGACGAAAGCACUGGACCCACUCUGGAAUGGGAUAAUUAUGAUUUGCAAGAAGAUGCCCAUGAUGAAAGUGUCGACACGUCUGUCUAUGCUUCUCCCCUAGCGAGCAGUCCACUGCAAAAAAAUUUGUUCCGUUUUGGAGAAUCAUCCUCUGCGUUUAGUUUCAGCUUCCAGCCUAUUCUUAGUCCCUCAAAAUCCCCAGCUAAGCUGAAUCAUAGUGUAGCGUCCAGCGGACCGGAUGACGAACAGGAGGCGAGUCAAGAAGAGGACAGAGAUGGCCAGUACUUUGAACCAGUCGUGCCGAUGCCUGACAUGGUUGAGCCUGUGAAUGGAGAAGAGAACGAGCAGGUGGUGUUCAGUCACAGAGCCAAGCUGUAUCGCUACGAUAAAGACCUCAACCAGUGGAAGGAAAGAGGUAUAGGAGACAUCAAAAUUCUACAAAACUACGAGUCAAAGCGCACAAGGCUUGUGAUGAGACGUGACCAGGUCCUUAAAUUGUGUGCAAACCACUGGAUAACCUCCGAUAUGAAGCUUGAGCCAAUGAAGGGAGCAGAAAAGGCAUGGAUUUGGAGUGCUCCUGACUUUGCUGAAGGAGAAGUAAAAGUUGAGCAGUUGGCUGUGCGCUUUAAAUUGCAGGAGACUGCAAAUUCUUUCAAAGAAUCUUUUGAGAGUGCCAAGGAUGCGCAGGAAAAGAAAACGCUUCUUGCAUCUGCUUCAACUAGUGAAGUUUUGACCUCUCCCAAAGCUCUGUGUGGUAAAGCUGCUCUUGAGGUGCUUGAGGAAACAACUAGGGAAAAGUCUGAACAACCUUCUGAAGUCAGUCAUGCGUCUCCAGAGUCUCUCGGUUCUCCUAACACCUCUAAAAUCUCUUGGGUUUCUCCACCCAAGUUUGUCUUUGGACCAAACAAUGUGCAGAAAAUAUUUGAAAGCCCAGAAAUGUCUAAACAGAUGGUUUCCAGUCCAGCUACAGAAGCUGCAGAUCCGACAUCAGUCAGCGCUUUAAGCUUCAAAACACCAGAAAGACAGACGACACCCCUGUUCAAGGUGCAGGAAAGAGGGUUGGAUUUUAGGCUUUUUAAAGAUAACCCUAUGGCUUUUUGGACGUGCACCUCAGCUACCCCGUUUGAACUUCAAGUACAUUCUAACACCCAUGAUGAUGUAAGGAGUGCUGAGAGCAGUGAUGACUCUGAUUUUGAAAUUGUGUUUGAACAACGACCAACUAAGGAGCAGGCAGAACUUGCUCGAAAGCUAAUGCUGCCACCAACAUUCUUUAUUUAUAAAAAUAAACCAGGAUAUGUGACUGAUGAUGAGGAUGAUGAUGAGGAUUAUGAGACUGCUGUGAGAGAUCUGAAGGGAAAACUCUAUCUUGAUUGUCCUGCUCAAGCCAGCGUAGUUACAGAUGAACCGGAGUGUGUACUUGUCUGGGAGAAGAAGCCCACACUGGAGGAGGAGAGAAAGGCCAAGAGCCUCCAGCUGCCCUUUACAUUCUUCUGUGAUGUUAGUACUGAUACGGACACGGAGCCUGACAGGACAGAGGACUUUGCAACAGAGCUACAAAAAGUCCAGCAAGCUCAGAGUGAAAUAAACAGGCAGGAGAGCUCCAGUGUGAGCUCCUCUGAGCGGCCAGCUGCAGCUGAUAAGGGCUGUCCUAUUGACCUCUCCACAAAGACCCACGACACUGAAACACCACCUGACUCAAACACUGCUCAAGACGCCCCUUUUUCUUUUCCAGUUCUUUCCAGUACAUGUUCAUUUGCAGACUUGGCGAAGAAUUCUGCAGAAUUUUCCUUUGGAAAAAAAGAUUCGAAAUUCUCCUGGAUCGAUGCUGGAACACCAGUCUUUAGCAGCAUUCCAAAACCAACAGCUUCCCAAAACGAGGAUGAUGACGACGAGGGCAACGAUGGCGAUGUCUCCAACAAUGAGAUUCACUUUGAGCCCAUUGUCUCCUUACCUGAGGUGGAAGUGAAGUCUGGUGAGGAAGAUGAGGAGGUUCUUUUUAAGCAGAGGACAAAACUGUUUAGGUGGGAUCGUGAUUUGGACCAGUGGAAAGAGCGCGGAGUUGGUGAUCUGAAGAUCCUCUUUCACCCCGUGAAAAAGUACUACCGUGUCCUAAUGAGGCGUGAACAGGUUUUAAAGGUGUGCGCUAACCACACCAUCACCCAGGACAUCGAGCUGAAACCCCUGAGCACCUCUGCUAACGCUCUGGUGUGGAUGGCUAACGACUAUGCAGAGGGCGACGCCAAGGUGGAGCAGUUCGCUGCCAAAUUCAAGUACCCUGAGCCCGCGGAAUCCUUCAGGAAAAUCUUUACAGAUUGUCAGAGCCGCCUGUCUCAGGAGCACCCUGCCCGGGCUUCUGCAGUAUCGGAGCCAUCUGCAGCAUCAGAACCUUCCAACAACCCGUUAGUGUUUUUCACCAUAGCUGUUGAAGGCGAGCCAAUCGGCAAGAUCACGAUGGAGCUUUUUGCCAACAUCGUCCCUAAAACUGCAGAAAACUUCAGAGCUUUGUGCACUGGAGAGAGAGGAUUUGGCUACCGGAAUUCAGUUUUCCACCGGAUCAUUCCUAACUUCAUGUGUCAGGGUGGUGAUAUAAUCAACCAGGAUGGCACAGGUGGAAAGUGCAUCUACGGGGACAAUUUCGAGGACGAGAACUUCAAUGUGCGCCACACUGGACCAGGCAUCCUGUCCAUGGCCAAUCGUGGCAGAGACACAAACAACUCUCAGUUUUUCAUCACGUUAAAUAAAACUGAGCACUUGGACUUCAAACACGUUGCUUUCGGCAUAGUCACAGAAGGCAUGGACGUGGUGAAGCAGAUGGGAGCGCUGGGCUCUAAAAAAGGGGAACCAAGCAAGAAGAUAACCAUUGUAGACUGUGGACAGCUAUAGUUCUGUUCCUCAUACAUUAAUCACCUCUGAAAGGUUUCCAUGUUCUGCUUGUCGUUCUGUUGUUGUUACAUAGUGACACGGACAUCCAAAGAUCACAGGCCUAAAUUCCAGGAGUGUAAUAAUUUUUUUCCCAUUUAAAUUAUCAUGGCACUGAUGACAGAACAGACCUGUCUAAAGAUGUGAGAACGGCAGUCAGUCACCAGCAUACAGAGAAUGGUUUCCUGAGAUGACAUCAUAACCCAGACGUUUGUUUAAACAAGCUCUUACAGAUACACAGCUGAAGAAUUAAACUAAUGAUGGCCUUAAUCUCCUGUCAAGCAAACUGCAGGGGGUGUAUUGGAUUGUGGGGGAAAACUUGGUGUUGCAGGUUUGCUUUUUUUUACGCAGCUGGAAUAACUCGCAACAUAUUUGGAUAAUCAAACAGUACAUUUUGUGUGUUUUUACUCUGUAUAGGUUUCAGAAAAUUUGGCUUUUUACAACAUUGUGAAUUCUACAUUUUCUGCUUUUUUGCUAUUAUUAAAGGUUGAACACUGA